GGGAGCGUACUGCACUUUUGUAGUUCGUGCCAUUUCAGCAUUCCGAGUUCUAGAGAUUGGAUUUCUGUGAGGUUUCAUAACUACAGAACUAUAAUAUAUUAUUAGGUCUGUAGGUAUUUCAUUUAACGAGGACCGGGUGUGAUGAUGGAGAGGUGGGCUCCGUUUAAAGAGCUGUGGUCAACUGUUCAAGAAAUCGUUCUCAGAAAAAGUGGAUCGAUUCAUCAUUUCAAAGCUCUUCUUCGACGCCACAGACCUGACUUCUUAAGCCUGCUUAAAAACCCUGUGAAAAAUGCUGAGCAUCGGACCAAAGUACAAAAUGCAGUGAACGAAGGUUUGAGUCUCAAAGGAGAAAGUUCGCCGCAGACAUUCUCUCAAGAUUUUAUAGAUGAAUCUCUUAUUGUCAGUGAUUUGUUCAAUUUGAAUGAGUUUUCUGCCGUUGAGUUAUUAUUGGAAGGUGAGAGGCAACAACCUCACUAUCCACAAUUAACACGAGGAUUGGUCGGUGUUCUGUUGUACUGGGAUGGAAGAAAAUGUUUGACAAGUUCGUUAAAAACUCUCAUGCAAUGCAGAAAAGGACAAACUUGGACUUUGGAAGUCAGUGAUGAAAUGGUCGAAGCUGCAACAGCAUUCACAGACGAACUUCUGGAGAAUGGUUUGACCAAACAAGUAUUGAAACUGUUGGAUGAAAUUCAGGUUGACAAAGAAAUUGAAACAUUGUCAAAGCAAAGAGGUUUAGGAGGAGUUAAGCAUAGGAAACAAGUGCGAGACUUGAUCACUUGUGUCAGGAACGAUUUAGCAGAGAGUUUAUUCAACUACGCCGGCCAAUCAAAGCUUUCUUUGAAAGAUACUUUAUCUAUUCUGGAUCAUCUUGAAAAAAAUGUAGAAGCAUCAUCAGAUGGAAGAUUAUCUUUUGAUAUUUUGUCUCUGCUUCAUACUGUGUUCUAUGCCUUCACUUUGCCACAGGACAUUCCCAUAGAACAAGAUGACAGAGGAUUAGAACUUCUGCUGAAUCAUCCUUUGAUUGCUGAGAAAGAUUUUGUUCAGAAUGUUCACAAGAAAAUAAUGAAAAGAGAUGAGUGGAAAAUCCCGGGCAUCAAAGCUUGCAUUCAACUUGCAUGGUCUCUUGCAUUACGUGCUUUAGCUCAGAUACCAAUGGCAGUUUUGGAAAAUAUGCCUGAUACUUUCAAUUCUACUGGAUUCACUGAUGCUUUGGAACAAGAUGAAAUGAUGUUGGAAUUUGCACUAGGUGGAAAAGUAUUCCAAUUUCUCAAGGAGAAUGUUAUUGCCAGUCCUGAUUUUCGUUCUGAAGAAUUUUAUAUCCGUAGAAUCCAUGGGUUGGUUACAGAUUUGAUUGUAAAUAUGCCUUUGAAGGUGAAAGAAAUGCGUAACCGUGGUGACGAAGUUGCUCGGAUAUUAAUGCUUCAUAUCAUGCAACAGGAAGAUCCUCCUUUGCUGAGAGAAGAUUUCAAACAUUUCAUGGAACUUAUCACUGCAUUAUACGGAGAAGAUGAAAAUGAUCUUCAAUUAUCAAUGGAUUACUGGUGUCCUGCUUCAGAAAGUUUUCAAGCUGGAAACACAUCUCAGAUUGGUGGCUCAUUCCUUGGAACAAGUAGACUUAAUCAAAGGUUGCCUCAACGACAGGUAUCCUUGUUCAAGUUCCUUCGUCAGUCUGGUGAUCUUCUUCCACCAUUGCUCUACAUUCCAUAUUUAAAAAUGUUGUCUGCGUUAUCUACUGGAUCACACAGUGCUAGAAUGGCUUUUGAGAUGUUGAGAAUGAAUGGGGCUAAUAUGGGAGUGGCCUCUGAAGGAAGCAAUGUAUCUUGGGAUCAUUUCUUUCAGUCCAUGAAUCGUUAUUAUACAAAUUUACGAAUGGAACAAACGCAAUCUGGGCAUAUUGUUUCGACACUUGGUGCAGUAUCAGGACAGAACAUUACACAGGGGCAUCAUCAUCAUACUAUGUCGAUCACACCACAAGAAGUUGAAGGCUUGAGAGCUGUGCUGCAGUUACUUGCUAAGAUUACUCAAUAUGAUGACAUUGCUUGUCUCACAGUAUAUGAGCAUCCACAUUGGAAUGCAUGUGGAGGAUUACUUGGUUUGCUACAAUGUCCUGUCCCUGCUGUAUUGAAAGGAGAUGUGUUACUUGCACUGAAUCAACUAGCAAGAAUGCCAGAGAUUGCAGUUGGACUUCUUCAUGCUUUCGAAAGUGCAAUGAUUAUGGAGGCACAAACUGGUUCAACAUCAACAGGCCGAGCGAUUGAGAUUGAAUUAGAAGAAGUGGAAUCAAGAGAAGAACAAUAUCACAUGACUUGCUCUUUUCUUAAAUUCCUUUGCACAUUGACUGAUGCCAGUAAUAUUGUCAGUUUCACAGCAACAUCUCAGUCAUCGGGAUUUGAACCUUACUUGAGAUUUGCGAUUGAACUUGUGUUUCUCAAACUCAUGACGAGAUCUUAUAAAAGUGUUGAAGAAAAAUGGGAAAUUGCCACAUAUUCUUUGAAACUUUUUGCAAAGCUACUUUCUCAAUACCUUCCUCAUCCUGAAGAUUUUCUUCCAGAGAAAAGAAUUUUGGAAUCUGGAUUUGCUGCUCUUGCAUCACAGGAUCCUCUCAGUAUUUCAAUGAAUUCAUCACUCGGAGGUUUCAACACAUCAGCAUUCCAAGGUCAAUCUCGAAUCCAAACUCAGACAAGUAAUAAAGCACCUGGAUAUCAUAUCAUGAUUCAUAUCAUGAAUGAAGGAAAUUUUUUUAAAACUGUAAUGGAAGUAAUUGAAAACUGCAUCUCAUACUUGGAUAGAUAUAACGUCAAUAAAACAUUGGAAAAACAAUUAGUUGAAGCUGGAUUGGCUGCAUUGUAUUUGAUUCAAAUGACUCUGGAUCUGCAGGAAUCUUUCCUAUCAAGUAUGAGAGAAAGUGGGAAUCCAGUCCUAGUGAAUACUCUUGAUAAAUUGUUGCUCAGCAUUAAUCCAAGAACUGGAAAAGCAGAUUAUAUUGUAACAAUCACAAGAUUUGUUACUCACAAUCUCACCCAUCCUCAACUCUCGCUUUCUGCUUGUGAGAUUAUCUCAUGUUUAUGUCGCAUAUCGAGUGCAACUCAUCGGGAAGUUUUCUCUAUGAUAACAUCACUUGGUAACUCACAAACUCGAGCAAAAAUACUUCAUGGUUUUGUUGAAGCGAUUGAAUCUGGUCAACCAGAAAUUGAUGAAGAGUCUGGAGAAGAAUCUGAUCCAUCCACUGUCUACAACAGUAAAUGUAGAUUAACAGUGUUGAGAUUACUACUGCAUUGUAUUGAUCAACCAUCACCUAACCUUGCUCAUUUCUUACUUGGAUUCAACAUUUCUAAACCUAUCAACAAAGCCAGCUUGCAGGAUGCUGGCGUUCUACAGUCACCACGAACGUGUUUACAUUCAGUGAUAUCCAUCCUGUCUUAUGGUAUGGAAACAUCAAAGACGUCGACACCAACUCAACCCAACGCAAUUACUGAAACUCCUGCAUUAGCCGAACUUUGCUUUCAACUCAUUUAUAAAUUAACUGCAAAUGUAGAAACAACUGGACCUGUGUUGAGAUAUCUUCGAUCCUCUCAUGACUUUGUAUUUCGACAUCUUCAACAUUUACCAUUCCAACCUGGUGGUAUUGCCAAAGAAAACCAACUGUUAUUACAGCAAGCUUGGUUACUGAAAACAACAGCAAUAGAAUUAUUUUCAACGUCUGCAAAUCAUCAGAGAUCACAUACACAGAGGCUGAUUCAAAUGUUGUUUGACAAACGUUCAUCCAUAUCAGCAAGCUUUCUUGGGGCUUCAACUACGAACACCACGGUUGCAGAUUUCACUUCUGUAUCUGCCAUGCCUUCUUUGAGUCAUUCUAUACUUGGUGCUAGUGUGAUGACAGCAGAUACAUCUGUGGCAGCGGCAAUGACAACAAUGAAUGCCACGGCAUUGAAUAACAGCCUCCAACCUGGGCAUGAAAUGCCACAGAUUUUAAGGAUUUUGAACAUUUUGGAUUUUUCACAGGAGUUUCCACAGCCUCUUGCUUUAGAACAAUUUGUUCCAGCAAAUGUUGAGAAUGCCAUACAAUCAUGUGAAGUUAGAAAUGAGCAUGGACUCUCUUAUUGUGAUAUAAAGGCACUUCAUGAGUUAUUGGAAGCAAAUGUUAAUACUUUACAAAGUGCAAAUGAUGCUGAGAGAAAGUCUCGAGCAAUUCAAGAAGUUCAGAAUAUAUUGAAGACUGCUUUGGAAAGAAAUCAAACUCGGCAAAGCGUUCAUUCCAAACUAGCAUUGCUCAAUGCAUGGAAACAUACUUUAGAAGUUGCAUUGAAUGCUUGUCCUGUUGAUUUAAUGGGGAAAGAAAUAAAACAACAGAUCUUACUUGACAUUCUUCAAGAACUUCUGAGCAGAGUCUUAAACCCGGAUUCCAUGUCAGAACUUUCAUCUCCUGUUGCAUCAAUAUGUUUAACAUUGAUUACUCAUCUCCGAACUUGUUUCUCUGCAGCUAGUAGCAUUGACGGACAACGACAUUCAAUUCUUGUUUCUGAUCUUUCAACAAGUCAAAAUCUUAAUGUAUCAAGAAUAUUACAACAGGAAUCGAGCACACCCAUCCCACCGAGCAUUGCUGGCUCCUUACAGGUUAUAAUGAAAGGAAUAUUGGAAUGGAUACUCCAGGCGGGUGUUGGUCAAAAAGUACGAGCUAAUCUGUAUGCAUCACUUCUAUAUUACCUGCAAAUGUGUCAGAAACCUAAAUCAUCUUCUGAAGAAAAAGCCACUCAGCCAUCGUCAUCAGGUCUUCGUGCAUUAUCAGUAGAUAUUUAUGCAAAACUAGCUCGGGAUAACGUCAAGUUGUUCAAGGCUUAUGGCGAUACCUUGAUGGAACUUUUAUGCAAAGAUGCAAGUGAUGGUCAUAACGUCUGCAGAAUUCUAGCUUAUUCGUGCCUUGAUGCGAUUAUACAAAUUGAUUGGGAACUUGCAUGGCUUCAGUUUAUGAUUAAGAAGGGAUAUAUUAACUCAAUUGCUCACAGUUUUAUUCAAGAAGACGAAGCCCUUCAGCAGGCCGUUACACCUAAUCCUGAAGCAGUUCGAUCAUUAUACAUCUACGAACAGAAGAUGGCUUUUUUGAGUUCUCUGGCACGGACACCAGCUGGCGCUAGAGCUAUUUUAGAUGCAGGAGUUCUCACUAAACUCGCAAAAUGUGCAUUCCUCGAAAUGCGUCCAGUUGGUGACGAUGGAAAUGUUAACUCAUUUCUGCCAAGUGUGAUGUCUCGUUAUCGUCAACUGCUUUUCCCAGCCCUGAAACUUUGCUCGUCAAUUCUUGCAACACUAGGUGGCACUACACAUCAUGAAGCGAGCGCUCUUGUUCUAGAGUUUAUGCUGAUUCAUGCUGACACAAUAAUAAAUCCAGUUCUGAGAAAUCAACCUAUUCUUGAUGAUAUACAGUCCUUGAUGGAACUGAAAUUUGUGACUGGUAUCCUGAGUCAGGUUGCAGGACAAGAUUUCUCCAAUGAAGCAAUGUAUGCUAACAUUCCACAAGGUGUCCUCAUUGAGCUGCAAGGACAUUUAUCGAAAAUUCAGCGUCAGUUAUUGAGUCUUCUUCCACGAUAUUGUGUAUCUGCGGAAUGGAUUCGUGACAUUGAGAGGAAUAACAGAGAAAGGGAAGAUAAGGAAAAUAUACAAGAGAUAAUUCUUCUUGUUCAUGAAAUUUGUGCAAAUCUGACGAGUUAUUGUGUCGUCAUAAUGCAACAAAAGUCACAUGACAUGGACUCACCAGUCCUGUUAUUUUCUCCUCACCUGGAUGAAUUGUCUGAUGGUGAUAACAUCUAUAGACAGGAUUACCCAGGAUCCAUCCAACCUCCUACACUUGGAUUAUUAGUUCGAAUCUUGAAAGUUUCCUCUUCAAAAUUUAAUUCUGCCAUGGAAUCAGUCGCUGUACAAAAGAGAAGAUUGGAUAAUGUUGCUAUUCUUACUGCUCAAGAAUUGAAGGAGAUUUCAACUACAGAAGACGAUAAAUUAUCGAUUCCGCAACGGCAAGCUAUUGCUUCUAUCAAACUUAGGAAGGAAAUAUCUUCCAAGGAGCAGUUUCUUUCAACAUUAUAUUUUGUCAUGGAAAAUUCUUUACUGUUGCUAUGGCAGCAUCUAGAUUCUUUCGUCAUAAAGUCUGUAGAAGUUGAUACAGGUUCAACUGGAAUUCUUUUCCAAACUAAGAAUUCUGGAAUGCAGAGACAAACCCCAAGAAGACUGCAAGACAUAUCCAACUUUACAGAUGAUUCAAUGUCGCCUUCCAGUCAAAGUUCAUUCCCCAAACAUACAAUGUCAGUUGGCGUUAACAAGGAAGUUAUAAAAGAGCUUAAACGAUGUUUACCAUCCUGCAUGACUGAUGUCUUCCUCUCCAAACUAUGUGACAUCGAAGCAAAUUGGAACGAUGGAUCGAAGUGUACAUUCGUUCGUCCGCUCGUAAGAAGAAUUCAACGCAUAGUACGAUUGCAUACAACGACAAGGUCUGCAGCAAUGUAGUAUAGAUUGCGAGAAUAUAUGUCGUCAAAUUACCACUUAUAUGUGAUAGCUCAAUGUGAUUGUUUCUCUGUUUUUGGCUAUUCAUUAAAAGAAUGCAGUUGUUUGAACUUUUGAUAAUUGGUGUGGGUCAAGACAUAAGUUUUAUAAAAAGUUACAACAGCCCAAUAGCCUCGAACAAAAUAAAGUUGUAGGUAGAUUGAACCAUUGUUUAUGCUGCAUGAACCUUGGCAACCUACAUUUAUAUCUACGCCUUUCAAAUACAGAAUAGAAAUGUUCAAUUUUUAUGCAUUCCAUGUUUAAAAUGUGUUUGUACUUUGUUAUAGGCAAUAAUUCGUAAAAUAAUUCAAUUAUGUUCAACUAUCCGACUUUGGUGGUGAUUUUGUAUAUUUCGUGGAUUACGGUAUUUCAUAAGCCGGGAUUUGUACGUUUUCUGAUGUAAUUUACUGCCAAUAAACAAAUUUUGAUGGUCUGUGAUGUGCGGACUGGUGCAGCUAA